AUGGGAGUAAUUACUGAGCAAGAAAAUGUUAGGCCAACGGGCCUGGGAGUGCGUCACGCCCAAGUGGCGCUCCUAUUCUUUGGGAUGCUGUUCGCGUACAGUAUGAGAGUCAACAUGAGCGUGGCCAUCGUCGAUAUGACGAACAGUCAGAAUAACAAUACACACUUUGAUUGGCAACACAGUGUUCAGGCUAUUAUUCUGUCAUCAUUCUUCUGGGGUUAUGUGGUGCUGCAGGUGCCUGCUGGAGAGCUCGCUACACGAUUUGGAGGAAAAGUGCUGUUUAUAAUCUCUGUUAGUGUUAACUCACUGCUUUCAAUCGUUAUUCCCGUGGCUGCUACUUACGGGGGAUGGCAGCUGGUAUGUAUAUGUCGAGUGCUUCAAGGCCUGACUCAGGCUUUCAUAUACCCUGGAACACAUCAUCUCGUAAGUCAAUGGAUGCCGACUGAAGAGAAGGGACUACUCGCUACAAUUAUUUAUGCUGGUGGUCAAAUCGGUAUAGCUCUGCAGCUAAUCGCAUCAGGAUUUAUAGCUACUUCUUGGGGUUGGCAGGCGAUAUUUUACACGAACGGAGGCCUUGGCGUUAUAUGGACCGUCAUAUACAUCAUCUACGGAGCCGAUAGUCCUGAAACAUCCCGGUUGAUCAAGCCUGAGGAAGUUUUGUAUAUUCAGAAAUCAUUGGGAAGAGUUGGACAACAAAAGAAAUACCCGACACCUUGGCUGAAGAUUCUUACCUCAUUGCCAUUCUGGGCAAUCAUCGUAGCUCACUGUGGACAAAAUUGGGGUUUCUACACACUUAUGACUGAAAUGCCUACGUACAUGGCGAAAGUACUCAAUGUUAAUCUCAAAAAUAAUGGAAUUUUAUCAUCUCUGCCAUACCUCGCUAUGUACUUACUGAGUUUUGUGAUGGGAGCCAUGACGGACGUGAUCAUACGGAAGAAUUGGCUAACGGUAACAAACACAAGGAAACUGUUCAAUUCUAUAGGUCUAUGGGGACCCGCAAUCGCAUUGAUAGGCUUGUCGUAUGCGCCUGAAGACAAUAUGACGUACGCCGUGGUGAUGCUCACCUUGGCAGUUGGCAUCAACUCUGGACAGUUUGCUGGCUACCUGGUAAGUCUAUGGGGACCCGCAAUCGCAUUGAUAGGCUUGUCGUAUGCGCCUGAAGACAAUAUGACGUACGCCGUGGUGAUGCUCACCUUGGCAGUUGGCAUCAACUCUGGACAGUUUGCUGGCUACCUGUUAGUGCACAUCGACUUGGCACCGAACUUCAGUGCAAACCUGAUGGGUAUCACCAACUUUCUGGCUAAUAUCAUAUCCAUCAUCUCUCCGCUUGUCUGUGGAUUCAUUGUUCAGGAUGAGACGGAACCGCACGAGUGGCGGAAAGUAUUCUUCGUGGCGUCUGGAGUGUACUUUUUCACUAACUUAUUCUUCAUACUAUUCGGUACAUCAGAGAGGCAAACCUGGAACGAACCCAAAGACGACGACGUUGAAAUGAAAGCACCUGAGAAGUCGGCCAUGGAAUCAUAG